AUGGACAACCCAAGCUCCGCCUCCGACGACAACGUUAUAAUGGACGCUGAAAAUGAUAGUGAAGUUGAGGAAGAUGAAGUGCCAAAGUUUGAAAUAAAAUUAAACCACGAAGCCAAGCUUAGAGAAUUACUGCACAAAAUAAUUUCAAACGAGGUUAAGUUGUGUAAAGACGGAACGAAAGAGUUUAUCAAGUUACUAAAAAGUGAGUCCGGGGGAGAAUUGCUUCGUGUUUAUGUACAAAUAUCGUCCAGUUUUACGGAACUUCUAAGUGCUUGGAAGCUUAGGGCAGGGAAAGAUGGAAUGUCCUAUGUAAUAUCGUUGAUUUCGGCGAUUUUCAGUCAUUCGGAGGGAAAAUAUAGGGCUAAUGAUAAACAGAGGAUGUUUGUUAGUAGGGCUCUUGAUAAGUUUGCUCAGUUGAUUGUCCAAGAGAAAAUGGAUGGUGUUUGCAAGGAGUUGAACAGUAAAGACGGGAAGCGUGAAAAGGCAGCGCUUUUGUUGAUCGCGUCAAUCGUUAGGCGGGGGUCGGGUUUGGCUUCGGAGGUUGCAAAGAGUUUUGAUUUUAAGCUUCAGGGGUUUUUGAAGCUUGCGGAGUAUAAGAAGAGGCAAAAAAAUGAUAAGAGAAAGAAGUCUACUAGAAAGGCGUUUGUUGGGUUUGCUAUGUCGUUUUUGGAGGUGGGGAAACCAGGGUUGUUGAGGUGGGUAUUGCAGCAAAGGGAGAUGUAUUCGGGUGUUCUUCGAGGACUUGGAAAUGAUGAUGACGAGACUGUGAUUUAUGUUUUGUCCACAUUGAGUGAUAGAGUGCUUACUGAGCAGUCAUUGGUGCCUCCGGGUCUUAGGAGUGUUCUCUUUGGGAAUGUUACUUUGGAACAGUUAGUCGGGAUUUCUGGUAGGGGGGAUGGUGGAGAUGCUGCCGAGUUGGCACACAAGGUGUUACUUAUGGUUUGUACUGAUCCUAGCAAUGGAUUGAUGCCGGAUAUGGAUAGACACCCAUAUCCACUAAAGGGUAAUCCAAAGAGACUCUUGGGGCUCAUGAAGAAGCUAAAGGCAGCAGACAUUGGCUAUCACAGAGACUUGCUCUUAGCUAUUGUUAGGGGAGGCCAUCUUUUGGCUCAGCGUAUUUGGAGGAUUUCCCUUACAACCUUGAAGAUUAUGCUUCACCUUCCUGGUCAGAUUUCUGCUUACAGGUUUUCUACUGUUUCUCUGGCAGCAAACUUAGUUUCAUCAGUGGGUGUCGGCCUUCAUUUUGGUUUCCUUGAUUCGCAAUCUGAUGGUUCACCUUCCUUUGAUAGCGUGGAUGUGCAGAGUAUCAUUAAUUGCAUAGCUCCUCGUCCAUUCAGCAGAUCAGUAAUCAAUAAGGGGUUACUUCACUCAGAUUUUCUUGUAAAGAAUGGAACUUUAAGACUUCUUUUGAAGGGACUGAAACUGUUGGAUUCGUUCAUCAGAUCUAUUAACCUUUCCUGUUCUAGGAAACAAGAUUCGCAUAGAUGGGCAUCUCUUAAGCAGGAAAUACAGAAUGAGAUUCGAACUUUGCUUCCUGAUCCCCAAGUUUUAUUGACCUUGCUUUCUUCAUUAGGCAGCCAUGCUAGAACCGAUGAGAAAUGUUUGAAAAGAAAAGCAGAUGAAGAAAAUUUUGUUAAACAAAGAGGCAAAAGAAUAAAGAAACUGAAAACAGAAGCUUUGGAUGAGGAGAUGGACAUUGUCGUUGCUGGAAUAAGUUCAGCUCUUGAUGUCUCUUUGCCUGGGGAGAGCGAACCUGUUCCAGAUGCGAAGGCAUCAGAGGAGCCAGACAGUGGAAAGGAUUUUAUGAAUCUUAUACUAGAGCUUUGGGGUUCUGACCUGUGCUCUUUGCCUGUUAUUACACUGAAGGAUGCAGAGAUGUUUUUCCACGCUAAACUGCUUGAUGCUCUCAAAAUUUAUCUUCUGACAAUGCCUACUACUUUGGAGGGAUCAUUUGAGUUUUUUAUGAGCCUUCUCAGCAAUCCUUUAGCAUUACCCACUGAUCUGCAGGGCUCUCUAUUGUCUCUUCUAGUUGAGUACAUUAAAUGGUCUCCAACAAGUGGAAUUGCUAUUAGAACUCCGCCACUGAUGUACAAGCAACUACAGACCUUUAUUAACUUACUGAUUUUUUCAUCCAUUGGUGACAUAAAGGUUCAGGCAUAUGACCUGGCAUGGGCAGCUAUGUCAAGUACCGGUGCAUUUGACAGAAACAUACAGGAAAUUGUUGCGUGGUUCUUCUUUUUACCUGGUUACACCGCAUUCAGAUCAUCUUUUGAGGUCCAAGGAAUAGAAGCGUCACAGAGUUUGUCAUCAGUUGUCAUCUCAUUCUUAUGUGAUGCCAUCUCUACCAUUGGGAAUAACCUAUUCAAAUACUGGGAUGCUCUUAGGAGUUAUACUUGCUCUUUGAAAGAAUUUAAAGAUGUAUCACUGGAUUUUAGCCCUUUCAUCAUGUGUAUCUUGCAGAAGUGUGUAAGGUUACUCAGUUCUGAAUCAGGAACCUUUUCAUUGCCUGAAAAAUCAACAAUAUCAGUAUAUGUGUGCAGCACAUUGAAGUAUAUUUUGCAAACCCAGGUAGAUGCGGGCUUAUUAUCUGCUUUGAUUAGGUCAGUUUUGUCUGAGGGGCUUACGGAUUACUGUCCUUCAAUUGAUGAUCGUGAGGUUUUCUUCUGUGAGUGGAGGCCAUUGAAGAACUUAUUGCUCUUUGCAGAGAGUAUAUUGAAUAAACGAGCUUGCUGCCAUUUUUCCAUUGACCAAAAAGCUAUGGCCACUGAUGGUUCUUUUACAGAGACACUUGGGGAAGUAAGGAAUAUUGUUGAGAGUGGGCAUGGCGGUGAAAGGGCUGGAAUAUUGAAAGCUCUUUCUUCUUCAAUUAUAUGUAUAUCAUCCAAUGAGCUAUUAAAGAACUUUCCGUCAGUUUUGAUAACUUUUCAACGCCUUCAAGUUCCUGACUCAUUCUUGUCAUCGAUAAUCUUUCUUGAGCAGAGUUUUCUUGCUGGUGUUUUGAAGAUGUGGCCUGAAGUGUUCUUUUCUGGUCUAGAAAUGGUUAUAUCUAUGAUUAGUCCUCAAGGCGCAAAUGGUGAUGCUUCUACUAAAGAAACAGCAGAGCAUGUGGAAUCUGAUGUUAGUGAAUCUUCAGCAGCUGUUGCAUUUAGCCUCUUUCUUAGGCAGGUGCCUUUUCAUGUGCUAUUUCCUGCAAUUAUGAGCAUCAAUCUUCCUUCUUUAUUGGAAUCUUCAAAGAUAAAAGAAUUGCUUUUGGCAAGACUAUCCGAGUCAACAAGUGAUUCUGUUAUUUCUCAUUUGCACCUUCUUCUAUUUUGGUUUUAUCAGAUAUGGUCAUCUUAUAGAAUUAAACCAUUGCCUGAACUUGAACAGCUUGCUGAAAUUUGCUAUGUUCUUGUGAAGCACAUCCUUUCUCGAUCAUUGGCUUUGAAGCUUGAUUCUCCAAUGAAUGCAGGGGUUCCUUUAUCAGCAAAUAAUGUUGGAGACGUGGCUGAGACCAUUUUCUGUCAUCCUGCAGUGUUAGCAUCUUUGGUUCAUCCUUUGAGUUGUAAUGGGGAUUUCGCUGUGGGAAAAUUUGGGGAAAGUUUGGAGGCAAUCCUUUGUUUUUCUGGACAGGCAGUUCAUAAAAUAGAUCAUCAUGUCUUGGAUAUGUUAACAGCAACUUUUGACGAGUUGCUUCCUCUGUCCAGUGGGCAGCAUCAUUCUACACUUGAAUUUGAUGGUGGUUCUAGAAAACUACUUGUGAAGGCUUUCAACAGUCUGGUUGAGAGGCUAUAUCUGGAAGUUAGGGACAAGUUUGAUCAGUGCAUCAGUACAGAAGAUCCACUGCCCCUUCUCCCAUCAUUUUAUGCUUUGCAUGCUUUGAUUCGGUUUAUAUCCCCAUUUGAGCUUCUCAAAUUGGUCCAUUGGAUGUUUGGUAGGGUUGAUGUGAGUGGUUUGAAUGUUCGGAAAUGUUUCGGGAGAUCAGCUCUUUCGGUUGGUCUUUGUAUUGCUGGCGAUGCUUUUGACAUUUUGUCUGCUUAUUUGCAGCAAGCUAUGACAACAAGCAUGCCAUUUUAUAUGCUUUGGAAAUUGGAAGAGAAAAAUUUUGAUUUUAACCUGAUUGAGGAGAUCUAUGUUCAAGUGUGUAAGUUUGCCACUGAUUUUAAACAUGAUUCUGUGCAUGUUUGUUUGCUGAAAGCUGUUAAUGCUGCCUACAAACAAAAGUACAUGCAACAUGGCAUCCUUCAUCCAUUAAGCUUGGUAUUGUCAAGGAUUAUAAUGAGCACUCCUCUAGAAAUAGUUUCUCAAUGCAUUUACCGUACAAGCAUGACAAAAGCUAAAUUGCUGUCUCUUCUUGUUGAGAUGAGCCCUCUGCAUCUGUCAGUCUUCGGGCAUUUAUUUUUUGGGAUUUUGGAUGAAGAUUUCAAUCUGAAUGUAAUGAAAGUGGAAAAGACUUUUGAUUCAGCUCUUUCAAAUAUGGAUUUUCUUAUGCUUCUACCCACUGCUUUGUCAUACUUAAAUUCAGUUCUCAUGAAAUUCGAAAAGCAGCAAUACAAGCAGUUUACGAUUAUACCUUCUUUCUACUCAAAAUUGCUAUUAAAUGGUUUCCGUCACUGGAAGAGCUUUGUAUCUGGAUAUGCUUUUCAGGAUAGUAAUAAUGCAUUCUUGCCGUCAUCCAUUGAAGAACUUCUCAAUCUUGUGGAUAGUAGUCUUCUUGGAAAGGCAAUUUGUAUGUUACGACACCACUUCACCAUAAGUGGAGAUAUGAAAUUGAAGGAGCGGUUGAAGCUUUUUAAUUCCAUUGUAACCUGUUCUGAUACACAUAUUGAGCUGCUAGAUUGUGAUGUUGGUGAAAUGGAAUUUUGUUCUCGUAACCAGUCAUUAAACCUUGUUAAUAGAGUUGUUGCAAAAAUAUCAUUUUGUCGGAUGUUGUUAUUUCCAAAGGACAAUCAGAUUGCUUUUCUGCCAAAAGAAGCAGUUGAGAACUUGAAGGAAGUUUCUUCAGAAAAGGUUUCUAACAAGGAGGGUCGAUCAAGGAUGAGGUUGUUACAGAUUUUGGUGGAUACUUGGCAAUUCAUGGUUAAGAAAUUCCCUUCAGUUUCAAAUGGUUCAGUGAAAGAAAAGAUCUCCGAUUGUCUGCAGUUAUAUAGAUACUUGGAACUGUUCAUUUUUAGAACCAUUUUUGAAUUAACCAUGGAGAUGCGUGGGGAUAUUAUCCUAUUGGAAUCCAUACCCUUCCUUGAACAGUUGAUGAGAUCUUCGCUUCUCUAUCGGUUUGAGGAUCCAACAACAUUGAAAAUUCUUCGCAGCAUUUUAGUUUUGCUGUCAGAGGGAAAAUUUUCACGUGCUCUAUAUCUUCAACUGCUUGUUGCUCACUCUCAAUUUGCUUCUACCAUUCAGUCUGUCACUGAAUCAUUUGGUGGUCAGACAGGUGCUUUUGUUAAGCCCAUGUCCAGCAUUCUGAGAUCACUUGUUAUCCCUCAUACCAAAAGCAGUUAUGAUUUGCGAACAACUGAGCUGCACAUGAAGCAGUUGGAAAUUGUUAAGUUACUUAGAACACUACUUCGAUUAAAUCCUCAUCAGAGCGGUUUUGAUUCUGAAAACGAUAUUGGCAUAAAUCUUAAAGAAUUGCAUUUGUUGCUUCUAUCAUCUUAUGGUGCAACCCUCAGUGAAACUGACUUGGAGAUAUACAAUCUGAUGCUUGAGAUUGAGUCAAUUGAUAAUUCUGUUGUCGAUGAUGUUGCUGAUAUGGAUUACCUGUGGGGAACUGCUGCUUUAAAGAUAAGCAAAGAACGGGUGCUAGAACAGGAAACAUAUGAUGUCAUGACUAAUAAAGAGCAUCGGAGAAGUCAAUUUAGGGAAAAUCUUCCUGUUGAUCCCAAGAUGUGUGUAACAACAGUGCUACAUUUUCCCUACGACAGAACUGUAACUGACGGAUCUUUAUCCUUGGAUAGGCUUCAACUAGACAAUCUUAAGGUUAUAUAUGAGAGACAUGUUCCUGCUGUUGAAAACAUACAGCGAUAUGAUCCUGUUUUCAUAUUACGCUUCUCAAUUCAUGCUUUGUCGAUGGGUUACAUUGAACCUGUGGAGUUUGCUGGUUUGGGGUUGCUUGCGGUUGCAUUUGUUAGCAUGUCUUCACCUGAUGUUGGGAUGAGAAAAUUGGGUUAUGAAUUAAUUGGGAAAUAUAAGAAUGUGAUAGAGAACUGCCAAAAGAAAAAAGAUGUAAUGCGACUCCGUCUCCUGUUGACAUACUUGCAAAAUGGAAUUUCUGAGCCAUGGCAGAGAAUUCCUUCUGUUAUAGCACUUUUGGCUGCAGAGUCAUCUUUCAUAUUGUUAGAUCCUUCACAUGAUCAUUAUACAACCUUAAGCAAGCAUUUGAUGCAUUCAUCUAAGGUGAACAUGAAGAGCAUACCAUUGUUUCAUGUCUUUUUCCAGAGUAACUCAGUUAACUUCAGAAUGGAGAGGCUCUGGAUGCUUCGCCUAGCAUGUGGAGGGCUGAAUUUAGAUGACGAUACUCAAACGUUUAUUAGGAAUUCCACUAUUGAGACUCUAUUGAGUUUUUAUUCUUCUCCUCUUUCAGAUAAUGAGUCAAAAGAAAUAAUUCUUCUGACAGUGAAGAAGUCGGCUAAAUUGCACCGGAUGGCUCGUUACCUUGUUGAACACUGUGGUCUGUUUCCGUGGUUAUCAUCUGUUCUCUCAGUCUACAAAGCAAUGCUGCAUGAAAAUGAAAUAAAAUUUUUCUCAAGGCAGUUGGCUGUUGUCAUAGAGGUUAUCAGUGAUGUUGUUUCAUCCAGAAACAUUGUUGAAUGGUUGCAAAACUAUGCUCUCGAGCAGCUAAUGGAACUUGCAACUCAUCUUUACAAGCUCCUAGUUGCUGGCUCGAAGUCGAUGAAGGAGAAUGUCGCAGUGGUUAAUUCAGUUCUGCAUAUAAUGCUGACAACAUUAAAAAUAUCCCAAAAAAGGAAAAUAUACCAGCCACAUUUUACCCUAACAUUUGAGGGCUUAUUCCAAAUUUAUCAGGCUUUGGAUGUAUUCAAUACCACAAGACCUAGUGCAAGUUCGGAGUUUGGGCUUAAAGCAAUUCUUAUGGGUUCUCCUCGAGUUGACAUUUUUCACAUGAAUCAAGAAAAGCUUUCAAGUUUCCUUCUGUGGGCAAUCUCUACUGCCAUGAAACCUGAUUGCAGCCAAAUCUUUAAUGUUAAGGAUUCUCGUGUUAAUCUCACAAUCAACUUGGAGGAAACACCAUCGGAAGAGUCUUUGAUAUCAAAACUUCUGCGUUGGCUUGUUGCUUCUGUAAUUCUUGGAAAGCUUUCUUGGAAACUUGAUGAUGUAAACGCCAAACUUUCUGAAAAAUCAAGUUUUAAAACUUUGCAAAGCUUAUUGGAAUAUGUUGAAAAAGGAUGUGGAGAAGUCAACAGAUGGGGAUUUGGUUGUGAAGAGGUAUUAGCUUCAUCAAUGUUUUACCUUCAACAGCUUCUUGGCAUGAAUUUCACAGUGCUUCCUUCAGUUGUGUCUUCACUAUCUCUUCUACUUCUUUGUGGCACCUCCAAAUUUUCAGAUUUCGCACUUGGUGAUAGGGCUUCUGUGCUGUCACUAUGGUCGAAAAUUCGUUGUCCAACUGAAGCUAAUCCUGCUUGGAGAUGGUCAUUUUACCAACCAUGGAAGGAUCUUUCAUCUGAACCGAGUGAAUCACAGAAAAUGGAUGAGCAGCAUGCUUGUCAAUCUCUUCUAGUGACGAUCUCAAAUGUUCUUGGAAAUAAAUCAUUAGACGAUAAGCAGGUGUUAUCACAUCAAGAUGUAGAGAAUUCUGGUCUUUUUAAAUGGGAAAGGAGUAUAACAGAAGCUGAAUGA